CAGUUGCCACAGCUCUCUCGUAUCCCGCUCUUCCCCAACGCCCAUCGGAUCAACCGAACACUAUUAUCACAAUCAUCAAAAAUGUCAUCGGACUCGGAGCAAGAAUGGAAGCCCAGCGGUCGCCCUCAGUCGACCAUGGCACAGGCCUUUUCGACCGCGCUGGAUAGCGCCUUUUCUCUGGACACCGAUGUCAAUCAUCUCUCACAGACCAUCGACCAAAAGAAGCUGCAGAUGAUGAUCCAGACCCGCGAACUCGAACAACUUCAAGCCAAGAUCCGCGAAGCCGAAGAACGCCUCAAAGCUCGACAGUCGGUGAUUAUGGAGGCCAGAAACCCUGCAGCGCAAAGAGACGGUCGGUUCUACGGAGGCUCAGGAAACACGUCAGCGUCGUCGUCGCCCACCGAUUCAGCACAAUACUCCAGCGGCGAUGAACAGCUGCGACGCAGCCAAGGCCGCAGUUCAUAACGGCAUGUAGGCGGGCCAGCGUGGGCACAUUAGCAUAUAAUCUGGGUUAUGGUUUCAAGGACAGGAGAAUCUGAUGGGCUUCGACUUCACUGCUACAAUAUUUUAUAUAUCCUUAUCGGGCGAGCAUGUUUGGGAGAAAUCGGUUUUUGUUUUUUUUUUUGUUUUUUCUCUUUCUUCUUCAAUUCUCAUUCUUUGCCUUUCUGUUUGUUUGCACCGGUCAUCGUGUUCCCACACUCGCGCAUACCUCAUCGCAUGGGAGGGUCAAGCAGAUGUCGGUGCACAGCUUUUGUUGCUCGAGUCCUUUUCGCGCUGGAUAGCGUCGAUGGCCGAGUUGAGCGUGCAUGCCACGAUCUCACGAGUCUAGUGGGUGAAGGGGUGUUUCAUCAUUCUUCUGUGGCGUAACAUGUUCCAUUAUCAUAUUCUGAUAGUCAACAAGCGGAUUAUUUCAGGAGCGGG